CUCUGUUCUCCUCCUCUCUCUCUCUCUCUCUCUCGCUCUCUCUACAGUAAAAUCAAACGUCGCAUCGAUGCUUCGAUCUCCAUAGUCCAGUUCGAGGAUUGGAGCGGGUUCAAGUUUUGAACUUUGACGGUCCUCCUUUCGAGGGUACGGGAACACCAAGAAGACCGGCCGCGGGAUUCUUGUUUUUUUGGCGCUGAUAUCUGAAUGACGCGUGAAGCGGACCAGGAACUUCCCUCGCUCUCGAGGCGCGCGAGCGAAGAAGAAGAAGAAGAAGAAAAGGAAUGCGCCAUGGACGAUCUAUCGAGCUGCCCGUUCUGUAGCCUGAGCGUGCCGUGCGGGGAGCUUGAAAGGCACGCGAACGGCCAUUUCGAGGAUGAAGAAGCUGCCGAGGACGCGGAGCUGGCGCGGCGAAUUGCGAUCGCCCCUCCGAGUCCGCCUCUUACCAUGACCGAUCGACUGGGAACAGAUAAGUUGAAGGAAGUGAACUGUCAUAAAGCUGCUGAAGUGGAGGCGACAAGGUGUGAUGGAAGGACGCCUGGGGAUGUGGAGGAUGAGAUCUUCCUUCUAGUCAGUUUGCAAACGAUAAGUAGCUUCUACAAAAUUGAAGAUGGUUUAAUGGCCCUGUUAAAGAGACGUCUUGAAUCAGAAGCUGAGAAGUCUACAUGUAUAAUUUGUAGUUACCUCGAUCAUUUUGAGAGCAUUGAAUCUGAGGAUGUUGGCUGGGGCUGUGGUUGGCGUAAUAUCCAAAUGCUCAGCUCUCACUUACUAGUGGAAAGGCAGGAAGCAAAAGAGGGGCUAUUUGGUGGUUCAGGAUUUGUUCCUGAUAUCGUGUCGCUUCAGAGAUGGCUCGAGAUUGCUUGGAAAAGGGGCUUUGAUGAAGUUGGAUCAGAACAUUUCAAUCACAAGAUCUACGGUUCUAGUAGUUGGAUUGGAACUACUGAAUGUGCUGCCCUUUUUCGUUCUUUUGGGCUUCGGGCAAGGAUAGUGGAUUUUGGUCCAAAGAACCUUGAAUCACUCUUUCUUUCUGUUCCUGGUUCCAGAAUAGACUCAGAAAAUGUGGAAGCAAGAGGGAAAAAAAAUGCAGUUCAGAUUCAUGGCCCAAUGGAUAGAUAUUUAGCCAAGAGGAAACGGAUUUCUCCUGAAGUUUGUUCCUCCAUAGGGCACACUGGCUGUUCUUACAUUCAGCCUGAUCAAGUUUCAGAUAGAAGUAAUGAGGAUCUGGGCAUAAGUUCUGCCAGAUCUAGUAAGGGUCAGGAGGUCCUUACUGAUUGGGUGUGGAGAUACUUUUCGGAUAAAAGCUUCAUAGAUAAUUCUUUCAGUUGUGUCUCAAUUAGCAGAAAGACGCCUCUUUAUUUUCAACAUGAUGGACAUUCAAGAACCAUCGUUGGGAUUCAAGUCAUUCAUCAACCGAAGGGGAUACAGAAAUACAAUCUCUUAGUACUCGACCCUGCUCAUAGAACAGCUACACUGGAAAGAUCACUGAAAAGAAAUGCCGGGUGGCAGAAGCUUAUCAAAAGGGGCAUUCGUACUCUGAAGAAGCCACAAUACCAGUUAUGUUAUAUUGAUCCCGGAAUUGCAAAAGGAGAAGAGUUGGAGCAGCUCAAAACAAUGGACAGUGUCUACAUUGAAAUCUAGAGAUGAAUAGAAAGUUGACUGGCGCCUCUGUGAGGUAUUGCCGACCAUAUUUAAGGUCAUGGUAUUUUGCUUUUUGACCACAUCGAAUGAGGAAUGAUGCAAUGUUGCACAUAACAAGAUCGACGCACUGCUGUCAAGGCACCAAAAGGAAAAAUGUGGUGCUAGAUAGCAAGACUGACAUAAAUAUUGUAUAUGUAUAAGCUGUCUUUGAACUAAUAGUGAUUGCAAUAUAUUUCUGAAAGAUUGCACUCUUAA